UACUACAGAUGUGGAGAUAUUUCAUUCAAAUAUGUAAAAACCUUCAACAUGGAUGAGUAUGUAGCAACACCCAGACAACAUUCUUGGCUGCAUCCGAGAGACACCACGACACAUUUUGAGGAUACAACAUUGUUUGAGGUAAGUAUUCACUAGUCCAAACACAAUUUUAUCAUUAUCAAUGUAUGACAGCAAAAGAUAACAUUACUGCAGGAGUUAUCGAUAGUUAAUGUUAAUCUAAUGUUAGCUAAGUUAGGUUACAAUGUUAGCUGUCAGUUGCCUCGAUUAUGUCGACUGACAUAUCCAGCUGCUUUUUGUGAAAAACGAUGUAAUGUUAUAACGUGCUUUAUAACGAAAAGUUAUGUUAAUGUUAUAUGUAGUUAACGUUAGCUAAUUAUCUAACAUUAACGUUAUUACCAGCGGCUCUGGCAAUGUAAUGUUUCAGAAUCUGAGGGGCAAGUUGGCUUGUCAUGUAACGUCAGGAUAGUUGUAAUGUUAAUCAAGUUUAAGUAACGCUACUGUAUAAGCUUAAUGUUUGUACCCUUGAUUUUUCAGAUCAUGAGCGUUUUUAAAUAUUUCAAGAAGAGACAGCGAAAUCCACCACCAGAUGAGGAAGAAACAGCUAUAGCGGUAGAUAGCUAGCAUAGUUAGAUGGCAAGUCAAUAGCCAAACAGAUUGUUCAUAGGUUUUUGUCAAGAAAUAAAGUGGAGUAACAGUGGAAUUUUAACAACGUUACUUGUUUCUUAGCAGAACAGACAGCUUCUCCAGGUAGCAGAAGAGAUAGCAGGGGCAGCAGAAGCGACAGCCUCAGCUGACUCUCACAGAGGGACAGACGGUCAGAGAGGGGCAGCAGGGCAGGUAGUUCUCAUAGGGGCAGCAGGGGAGACAGCCUCUCCUGAGAGAGGGACAGCAGGUUAGUUUUGUUUAUUUUGUAGGUGAAGCAAACACUGGAAAUCAAGGUGGAAUCCUGAAUGGCCUCAAUUGCCCCAGUGUAACCACUGCCUCUAUGUUACUCAACAUGGCUGAUCGCAAGAACAACUACCGCUCUCAUCACUCUGACAUAAUUGAUGAGAUGCUAGAAAUCACCUCCAAGGUCAUCGAGGAGCCUCUCAUAGAGCAGAUGAGAGCGUCCCAAGCCAUCAGCCUUGAGCUUGUUGAAAGCACAGAUGCUUCCCUGCUUCAUCAGUUUGAUCUGCACAUCAGAUACCUGGAUAAAGAGGGACUGGUUUUUAACCAGUUCCUCAACAUUGUCACUGCUGUAAAAGCUGUCCUGCAGAACAAGCAGGUGCCAGCAGAGAAACUCUGUGGGCUUGGCACGGAUGGGGCAGUGGUUAUGACGGGUCUGCCUCGUGCUCAUCCAGAGAGCUAUCACUCCUACAUGUGGAACAACUUCUUCAAGCACAUCGACAUUGAUCCAGCCAACGCUCACAUCCUGGAUGGAAAUGCAGAGGACCUGGAGGCAGAGUGUCAGGCCUUCGAGCAGAAGGUCGCAGAGGCAGGAGGAAUUGAGUUGUUCGUCGGAGGUAUUGGCCCUGACGGUCACAUAGCUUUCAAUGAGCCAGGUUCCAGCCUUGUUUCCAGGACCAGAGUGAAAACCCUGGCUAAGGACACCAUUGUGGCCAACGCUCGUUUCUUUGGCAAUGACCUCUCCAAGGUUCCCACCAUGGCUCUGACUGUGGGUGUUGGAACUGUCAUGGAUGCCAAGGAGGUGAUGAUUCUGAUCACAGGAGCACACAAAGCUUUUGCUCUGUAUAAAGCCAUAGAGGAGGGGGUGAACCACAUGUGGACUGUAUCAGCCUUCCAGCAGCACCCACGCACCAUCUUUGUCUGUGAUGAAGACGCCACCCUGGAGCUACGAGUCAAAACAGUCAAAUACUUCAAAGGUUUAAUGCAUGUCCAUAAUAAACUGGUGGACCCAGUGCUCAGCAUAAAGGACUAGUAAAACAGAUCUCCCAGGAAGAGAACUGAAGAUAAUCAAGAUGGACAAAGAUCCCUGGCUCCAACAUGAAUGAUAGCCUUAUUAUUCUGGUACUGUUCUAUACUUGAGAAACUGUUGAGCCAGUGUUUGAGUUACUGUCCUGUGCAUAUUGUUCUUUGAACUGCCUUAGGAUAAUUUUAGUUUCAGAAUUGUUCUGAUCAUUAAUGAAAGGUAAACAAUCAGGUAACUUGCAUUUUCAAUGCACACAUGAAACAGCUGCACAGUGGAGAUUGUCCCUCUGAGGUUCUUUGUUUAGCAGUUUGCAUUUAAAGGGAUAGUAUAGUACCAGUUUACUUGUUUUAAUCACUGUUGGUGGUCUAGGUUGGCUCUCUUCAUUUUUGUUCAGUAUGAGAUUUAAAGUCAUGACAGUAAACAAAGCCUUUAUUUUGUUUGGUGUGUGACAUGAACCCAGACUGCCUCUGUUCUAUGAAUGAAACAGUACUGUAUAGGUUUGUUAACUGUUUAGCAACUUUGUUUUUUCCAUCAAUGAUUCAUUCCGCAAUUAGUGACUGGCCAGAGGAAGCAAAUACUAUGUCUUUUGGUAAGAUUUAUUAAGCCGAUGAGUUAAGUUAAUUAAAAACACAAUGUCAUCAAAA